AUGGAAGUACGUAAAAACGAGAAAGCUAAAAAUGAACGUGAAAACGAGCCAUGUAAACUUGAAAAGCAGAAAUACGGACAGACAUGCAAUGUCAAACGUAACAUUUCUAUGGUUGCACGACGUUGGCUAUGCAAUAUGAUUUCCCUGCAGCAACCAGAACGUUGUGAAAUCGUCAUCACAGCGAAAUGUGCAACUGAAAAAAGGAGAAAAGAGAGUAAUGUUGGCGAAAUGAGGGAAAAAGUGACAGCAAACGAUUACCGAUGGUUAGGAAAAUGGAAAUCAAUAGAAGCUGACACUGUUGUUGUGUGA